UCCAUUUUGGAAUAAGGCUGUAACAGAACAAAAUGUGGAAAAAGUGAUGAAGCGCUGGGAAUACUUUCCAGAUGUACCGAAACUCCCUGAAGUUGGCAUCCAAGUGCUGAUCAGAUGAGCAAAAGAGGAAAAUAUGCAAGCUGAAGCAACCACUGUCAAGGAUUGGACGAAUUGAACAAGGCUCAUGCCACCCUGUAGUUGCCGCUCCUCAAAGCCAAUAUCAAAGUGGUCAAAAUGACACACAGAAGAACUCCGUCUGAAUCCACAAAGACUUCUCCUGGAGGUCCCAGGACCAAAGAUCCUGGCUCUGAGGCUUCUGUCACAUAGGUGUUGGUCAUUAAGCCGUCCAGAAGAGCCCAUGUUAAGUCUCAGCCUGAAAAUACAAACACUGGGGGGACUCGCGCAGAACUGGUGGAGGAGGGGGAAAGAGCGAAUUGUGAGCGAAUCUGGACUGGAACAGUACAAACACAAGCUGGACUUUACAAGGAAGAAACUCUGCUCAAAUCCAGAUGACUCUUAUCCGAUUCAUAUCCUGAUCACUAGUCUGAUCAAUUGGACGUUGCUCAAUGGCUGUUCAAUGGCCCUGGAGCCCUUGGAGAUGGCUGAAGUGGAUCGGUUUACAGAGGUCCUGGGCUUCUCCCCUCAGCAAAGGAUGACCUACUUCAAGAAGUUCUUUGGUGAUUCAAAUCUGGGUGCCGAGGCUUUCCAGUACGUGCAGGAGAGUGCCACCCUCUACACCAUGAGGUUUAACCCCUCAUACUGUUGGAUUAUCUGCAGUGUACUGAGGAACUACUUCAAUUUGGCUGAAAAAGACAGAGGAGCAGCCCCCAGGACGGGCACGGAGCUCUUUGUAAUGUUUCUUUACAGCAUCCUUACCCAUAACAAGUCCGAAUCCGAGGACCUGCGGGGGAUUUUGAUGAAUCUUGGCAAGAUGGCAUAUUCUGGGGUGGACAUAGGGGUUCUUGUGUUUUCUGAAAAGCAGGAAAUCAUUAACUUUGGUCUCCAGCCAGUCCUAUCCACCCCAUCCCCUUCUGGAUUUCUAAAAAUGAUUUUGCAGAAAGAAAGCACUUUGGAGAACACAACAUACACAUUCAUCCACCUCAACAUGCAAGACUUCAUGGCCGCCUGCUACUUCUUCCUCGAUCCAUCAGGGAACAUCGAGGAAUUGCUUGGCAAGCUGAAUUCCUGUAAAGAUGAUCAAUUUGAGAUUCUCAUUCGAUUUCCUAGUUGGACUGUCUAGGACUUCAGUAACACAGACUUUGGAGAGAAUCUUGGGAGAUUUUGAGAGGAAGCCAGGUGUGCGUAUCAUGGAGU